AUGAUAGCGCCAUUGUUAAGGAAGUAUAGCUCACAGGCCAGUGCACUCCAAUUGGCAUAUGACCACUUACCAGGCAAAAACAGCCAACUAUCACCUGUGGUUAUUCUUCAUGGUUUGUUCGGAAGUAAGCUUAAUAACAGGACGAUUGGCAGAGGAAUCAACAGCAAUCUAGGCAGGGAUGUAUAUUUAGUUGAUCUACGUAACCAUGGCAGCUCACCUCAAUCGCCAAUGCAUGACUACCAGUCCAUGAGACUUGACCUGGAAAAGUUUGUCGACGAUCAUAAGCUGGAAAACCCUAUAGUCAUGGGCCAUUCAAUGGGUGCUAAGGUCGCUAUGCAAGCAUGCCUGUACAACCCAAAGAGAUACAAGAUGCUCAUAAGCAUAGAAAAUGCACCAGUGAAUGUGAUGCCCAAUGGUAAAUUUGUUCAGUAUAUUGACCUGUUAGAGAGACAAGUGGGCCAUCAAGUGACUUUGAAAACCGUGGAGGAGCGUCUAUCCAAGCUAGAGAAGAAUGAGCUGGUUUUGAAAUUCCUCAUGACGAUGCUGCGCCGUGACCGUGAAGGUGCAAUCGAAAGCAAGUUACCGCUGGGAAUACUCAGAGAAGCGAUUGUCAAAGGCAAGAUAUCAGAGUGGGAUGUUAAGGACAGACGAUACAAUGGGCCCAGUUUAUUCAUACGAGGCACCGAAUCUGCAUACAUCGCUGACGAGUACAUAGUACCCAUCUCUACAUACUUCCCUAACUUCGAAUUAAGAGACGUAAAAGGUGGACACUGGAUAAACGUCGAGAACUCCUCCGCGUGCAUAGAAUACAUCUCUGAAUUCAUCGAUAGAAAGGAGGACAUAUAA